AUGGAAAAGGAAAACCAAACCGGUGUCCCUGAAUUUCUCCUCCUGGGUUUCUCGAGUUGGCCAGAGCAGCAGGCACUUCUUUUUGCAGUUUUCCUGUGUGUCUACUUAGCAGGGCUGUUUGGAAACUUACUCAUCUUGCUGGCCAUUGCCUCAGACCAUCAUCUCCAUACACCCAUGUAUUUCUUCCUUGCCAAUCUGUCUGUGGUAGACCUCUGCCUUCCUUCCUCUACCGUACCCAAGAUGCUAUUAAAUAUCCAAACACAGACUCGNNNNAUCUCCUAUCCUGGCUGUCUGGUUCAGAUGUAUUUCUGUAUGAUGUUUGCCAACAUGGACAAUUUCCUUCUCACAGUGAUGGCAUAUGAUCGUUAUGUGGCCAUCUGUCACCCUUUGCAUUACUCCACCAUUAUGACCCAGCCCCUCUGCAUCUCUCUCGUGGGUGUACCUUGGGUAAUUGCCAUCUUGAACCCCUUCUUGCACACCCUUAUGAUGACCCGUCUGCACUUCUGCUCUAACAAUGUCAUCCACCAUUUCUUCUGUGAUAUCAACUCUCUCCUCCCUCUGUCCUGUUCUGACACCAGUCUUAAUCAGUUCUUGGUUCUUGCUGUGGUAGGGCUAAUCUUUGUGGUACCUUCAGUGUGUAUCCUGGCAUCCUAUAGCCUCAUCAUCUCUGCUGUGAUGAAAAUCCCUUCUGCCCAAAGAAAACUCAAGGCUUUCUCCACCUGUGGAUCUCAUCUUGCCUUGGUCAUUCUUUUCUAUGGAGCAAUCACAGGGGUUUAUAUGAGCCCUUCAUACAAC